CAAGUGCGGUUAUGCUGGGUCCAAUUUUCCAGAGCACAUCUUCCCAGCACUUGUUGGUCGCCCAGUCAUACGCUCAGAUACCAAAGUGGGAAAUAUUGUGAUUAAGGCAAGUUUCAUGUUCUUGGACCUAAUGGUGGGAGAUGAGGCAAGUGAAUGCCGCUCUAUGCUGGAGGUCUCCUACCCUAUGGAGAAUGGGAUGGUGCGUAACUGGGAGGACAUGCUCCACCUAUGGGAUCACACAUUUGGACCAGAACGUCUAAACAUCAACCCUUCAGAUUGUAAGGUUUUGCUAACUGAGCCGCCACUAAACCCCUUGAAGAACCGUCAGAAGAUCGCUGAGGUUAUGUUCGAGACCUACAAGUUCCAUGGCAUUUACAUUGCCAUCCAGGCCGUGCUGACGCUUUAUGCACAAGGUCUCCUGACUGGUGUGGUGGUGGAUUCAGGUGAUGGUGUGACUCAUAUCUGUCCAGUAUAUGAAGGUUUCUCUCUCCCCCACCUCACUCGCAGACUGGACAUUGCAGGUCGUGACAUCACACGUUACCUCAUCAAGCUGUUGCUGCUGAGAGGCUACGCCUUCAACCACUCUGCUGACUUUGAGACGGUUCGGAUGCUAAAGGAGAAGCUGUGUUUUGUGGGUUACAACAUUGAACUGGAGCAGAAACUGGCCAAUGAGACAACAUUUCUGGUGGAGUCGUACGUGCUACCAGAUGGCCGCACAGUGAAGGUCGGUGGAGAAAGGUUCGGGGCUCCAGAGGCGCUUUUCCAACCGCACCUUAUUAAUGUAGAGGGAGUUGGAGUGGCUGAACUGCUCUUCAAUACCAUCCAGGCUGCUGACAUUGAUCUCAGAGCUGAUUUAUACAAACACAUUGUGCUGUCAGGAGGGACCACCAUGUACCCAGGGCUUCCCUCGCGAUUGGAGAGAGAAAUUAAACAACUGUACCUGGAAAGAGUGCUGCAAGGAGAUACAGACAAACUUACGAAAUUUAAGAUUCGGAUUGAGGACCCCCCUCAACGUAAGCACAUGGUGUUCAUGGGAGGAGCCGUGCUGGCAAACAUCAUGAAAGAUAAAGAAUCCUUCUGGAUGACGAGAGCAGAGUAUGAGGAGAAAGGGCUAAAAGUGCUGGACAAGCUCGGUGGAGGAACUCGAUGAACCAACACGUACAUCCAAACAUUCUCGUCUUGAAAAAGAAACACUGUACUAAUAAAUGACCAAAAAUUGUAUUACUUAUUUCUAACAACUCUGAAACAUUUCUCCUCUCAAACAACUAAGCAGUAAUAAUACAUGUCUCAAUGCACCAGGGUUAAAGUAGCUAUCUAAAUAACAAUGCUCAGACUGUGAAACAAAUAUUCUAAAGGAAUAAAUACAGAAUCUACAACA